GGCUAAUUCCAUCUUCUCGGAUGGCAGGAGGCCUCGGGCAGGGAUUGCGCUGUGAGUGACAACCUUUGAGGAAGAGAGAAAAAAAGAAAUCCAGAGACUGAGCUCAGGCUCUCGGGAACAACGAAGCUCUCCACUGAUCGAGAGCAUCGAGAUUUUAAAUCAAAGGAACCUAGUCCUGGGACACUCACUCUGCUUGCCUGCCUGCCAGCCAUCGAGGGCAUAGGGAGCUGUGGUCGUGAGCUCCCUGUCGCUGGCAUCGCCGCGCUAGGUGCGCGCCCGGCUCUCCCAUUGGUAUGCAGCGACCAUUUCCCUGCAAGUCUCAAAGGUGGAAACAUUUAAACGGAUUACAAGCGUGAUUCCAUGGCCUUUCGGAAAGUUGGUGGCCAGAAGACAAGAAGCUACAAGGCUACAGUAUGAUGGAUACAAUUCAGCUUCCCAGAGAGUUUGCCCCUCCUGCUGGGAAGCCCCUCGGAGCAAACCUCGGAGAUCCUGAGCGCUCUGCACCAUAGUUUUGUAAUCAACCACCAACGAUGAAACCUUCCAUAGCUGAGAUGCUUCACAGAGGAAGGAUGUUGUGGAUAAUUCUUCUAAGCACAAUUGCUCUAGGAUGGACUACCCCGAUUCCCCUAAUAGAGGACUCAGAGGAAAUAGAUGAGCCCUGUUUUGAUCCAUGCUACUGUGAAGUUAAAGAAAGCCUCUUUCAUAUACAUUGUGACAGUAAAGGAUUUACAAAUAUUAGUCAGAUUACCGAGUUCUGGUCAAGACCUUUUAAACUGUAUCUGCAGAGGAAUUCUAUGAGGAAAUUAUACACCAACAGUUUUCUUCAUUUGAAUAAUGCUGUGUCUAUUAAUCUUGGGAACAAUGCAUUGCAGGACAUUCAGACUGGAGCUUUCAAUGGUCUUAAGAUUUUAAAGAGACUAUAUCUACAUGAAAACAAACUAGAUGUCUUCAGAAAUGACACCUUCCUUGGCUUGGAAAGUCUAGAAUAUCUGCAGGCAGAUUACAAUGUCAUUAAACGUAUUGAGAGUGGGGCAUUUCGCAACCUAAGUAAAUUGAGAGUUCUGAUUUUAAAUGAUAAUCUCAUCCCCAUGCUUCCAACCAAUUUAUUUAAGGCUGUCUCUUUAACCCAUUUGGACCUACGUGGAAAUAGGUUAAAGGUUCUUUUUUACCGAGGAAUGCUAGAUCACAUUGGCAGAAGCCUGAUGGAGCUCCAGCUGGAAGAAAACCCUUGGAACUGUACAUGUGAAAUUGUACAACUGAAGAGUUGGCUGGAACGCAUUCCUUAUACUGCCCUGGUGGGAGACAUUACCUGUGAGACCCCUUUCCAUUUCCAUGGAAAGGACCUACGAGAAAUCAGGAAGACAGAACUCUGUCCCUUGUUGUCUGACUCUGAGGUAGAGGCUAGUUUGGGAAUUCCACAUUUGUCAUCAAGUAAGGAGAAUGCAUGGCCAACUAAGCCUUCCUCAAUGCUAUCCUCUGUUCAUUUUACUGCUUCUUCUGUUGAAUACAAGUCCUCAAAUAAACAGCCUAAGCCCACCAAACAGCCUCGAACACCAAGGCCACCCUCCACCUCCCAAGCUUUAUAUCCUGGUCCAAACCAGCCUCCCAUUGCUCCUUAUCAGACCAGACCACCAAUCCCCAUUAUAUGCCCCACUGGGUGUACCUGUAAUUUGCACAUCAAUGACCUUGGCUUGACUGUCAACUGCAAAGAGCGAGGAUUUAAUAACAUUUCUGAACUUCUUCCAAGGCCCCUGAAUGCCAAGAAACUGUAUCUGAGUAGCAAUCUGAUUCAGAAAAUAUACCGUUCUGAUUUUUGGAAUUUUUCUUCCUUGGAUCUCUUGCAUCUGGGGAACAAUCGUAUUUCCUAUGUCCAAGAUGGGGCCUUUAUCAACUUGCCCAACUUAAAGAGCCUCUUCCUUAAUGGCAACGAUAUAGAGAAGCUGACACCAGGCAUGUUCCGAGGCCUACAGAGUUUGCACUACUUGUACUUUGAGUUCAAUGUCAUCCGGGAAAUCCAGCCUGCAGCCUUCAGCCUCAUGCCCAACUUGAAGCUGCUAUUCCUCAAUAAUAACUUACUGAGGACCCUGCCAACAGACGCCUUUGCAGGCACAUCCUUGGCCCGGCUCAACCUGAGGAAGAACUACUUCCUCUAUCUUCCUGUGGCUGGUGUCCUGGAACACUUGAAUGCCAUUGUCCAGAUAGACCUCAAUGAGAAUCCUUGGGACUGCACUUGUGACCUGGUCCCCUUUAAACAGUGGAUCGAAACCAUCAGCUCAGUCAGUGUGGUUGGUGAUGUGCUUUGCAGGAGCCCUGAGAACCUCACGCACCGUGAUGUGCGCACUAUUGAGCUGGAAGUUCUUUGCCCAGAGAUGCUGCACGUUGCACCAGCUGGAGCAUCCCCAGCCCAGCCUGGAGAUUCUCACCUUAUUGGGGCACCAACCAGUGCAUCACCUUAUGAGUUUUCUCCUCCUGGGGGCCCUGUGCCACUUUCUGUGUUAAUUCUCAGCCUGCUUGUUCUGUUUUUCUCAGCGGUCUUUGUUGCUGCAGGCCUCUUUGCCUACGUGCUCCGACGGCGUCGAAAGAAGCUGCCCUUCAGAAGCAAGCGGCAGGAAGGUGUGGACCUUACUGGCAUCCAAAUGCAAUGCCACCGGCUGUUUGAGGAUGGUGGAGGUGGUGGUGGCGGAAGUGGGGGUGGAGGUCGACCAACUCUUUCCUCUCCAGAGAAGGCCCCUCCCGUGGGUCAUGUGUAUGAGUACAUCCCCCACCCAGUUACCCAAAUGUGCAACAACCCCAUCUACAAGCCUCGUGAGGAGGAGGAGGUGGCUGUUUCAUCAGCCCAAGAAGCAGGGAGUGCCGAAUGUGGAGGUCCAGGGACACAACCACCGGGAAUGGGUGAGGCUCUCCUAGGAAGUGAGCAGUUUGCUGAGACACCCAAGGAGAACCAUAGUAACUACCGGACCUUGCUGGAAAAAGAGAAGGAGUGGGCCCUAGCAGUGUCCAGCUCCCAGCUUAACACCAUAGUGACGGUGAAUCACCAUCACCCUCACCCUCACCACCCAGCAGUUGGUGGGGUUUCAGGAGUAGUUGGGGGAACUGGGGGAGACUUGGCAGGGUUCCGCCACCAUGAGAAAAAUGGUGGGGUGGUGCUGUUUCCUCCUGGGGGAGGCUGUGGUGGUGGCAGUAUGCUACUAGAUCGAGAGAGGCCACAGCCUGCCCCCUGCACAGUGGGAUUUGUGGACUGUCUCUAUGGAACAGUGCCCAAAUUAAAGGAACUGCACGUGCACCCUCCUGGCAUGCAAUACCCAGACUUACAGCAGGAUGCCAGGCUCAAAGAAACCCUUCUCUUCUCGGCUGGAAAGGGCUUCACAGACCACCAAACCCAAAAAAGUGAUUACCUCGAGUUAAGGGCCAAACUUCAAACCAAGCCGGAUUACCUCGAAGUCCUGGAGAAGACAACAUAUAGGUUCUAACAGAGAGAAGAAAAUAUAUUAGUGCUUUUUUUUUUCCAAAAGAAAAGGAAAAUAAAAGAAAUAUAUCCCUUGCUCCCUUUACACUUGUCCCAAUAACUCCAUCCUCACGAUCUUCCCUACCCUGAACAAAACUAAAACCGCAUGAUAACUAGAGAAUACAGAUGUAUGCUCUCCCCUCUCAGAUGCGAUUUGGAGGAAGGGCCAUACUCAGAUCAUUAAUCAAUGAAGUGCCUUCGCAGACUUUUGCCAGCAAAUGUUAUCAUUAUUUUUUUAUACUGAAACUUGAGACUUUGACUGUGCCAUGUAUAAGGUAUACUGGGGAUCAUUGUAUGGAUCCUAAUUAAGUAAAAUUCAAUGUGUCUUUUUAUUUUCAGUAACUAUUUUUUUUUUAGUUGUAGUUUUGAUUUAAAGGGAGGGGGAAACAGGUUGACAUUUGUUAUUUGUGGCUUUCUUUCUUCUCAUCAUGGCACAGAUUCUGUACAUGUAUUAACAAUGCAGUUUGCUGCAUGCCUGGAAACUGCAAGACGGGGAGGGAGGGGGCGGGUCUUGCUCGAAUGUUCUCACUCACUAUCUUGUGUCUCAUACACAUACCCAUCUGCAGACCGUGGUCCCUAAACCUGCAGUUUCUUCCUGCUGGUGUGGGUACACACACACACACACACACACACACACACACACUCCAUACCAUUUCCAUUCAACCCAAUCUGCUUAGUUCGGGUUUGAUCCAUUUUUCUCCUCUCCAUAGUUCUACUACCCUUCACUGCUAGUGUACAGCUCACAGCAUCUCUCCUACCACCCUGGGAAAAGUCACAUUCUAGGCUGGAUUCUACUGAAGUGGAGGCCUGGUGGUUUAACAGCCGAAGACAUGCGCCUAGGGAUGAGCACCUUCUUUGUGACACUUCAUCCUGAUGCCAAGAUUUUUUGGAGAACAUCUGCACUUUCUUAUAUAUAUAUAUAAUAUUAAAAAAAGCAACUGGGUAUAUAUCACUAACAGCUUUGUAGGAAGCACUUUUAAUGUUUUCUCUCUCACACACAAAGAUUCAAAAGAAAUGUGCAUAUAUUUAUUCUGUAAUUUCAGUGAUUAUAAAUUGUAAAGGUAAUGUUUAAUCAUUGUAUAGUGAUUAUGCGUCUGGUAUAGCUUUCCUAAUAAAAAGUUUUUGAAAAACAUAAUACAUUAUAUAUAGAGGAUACAAAGCUUGAACCUUAAACUCCAGCUAUGCCAUGCCUUUUGUGCUCCCAUUUUAAAAAAUGGUUUCUUUUACUUGUUACAUAGAAAGUAAUUUAUUAACGGGUUUGAUGCACUGUGAUGUUGAUAAAUCUUAUAUCCCACCAUCUCUAGUCCAAACCAGGCUAUAAUUGAGACUUAAAAUGUGACUUACGGUUUACUUUUUUUCCUUGAAUUAUGAAUUUCAAUCUUAGUAACCAAUGACGCACUGUUUCCUAGGCAAGAUGCAAAGGGGAGAAAAUAAAGUAACUAGAUCGCUAAGAAGUACAGGAUUAAUUAGGAGAAGGUAAUCAAGGAUCCAUACAUCUUAAGAUAAUAAAUGAGAUAAAGAAAUCGGAAAGUAAAAUUGCUAUUGUUUUUAAAAUAUGUAGUCCAAUUACAUGCACACCCUCACACACUCACACGCUUCCACACACACCCACACAACCCAAUAAAUAUCAAAGGCCUUGGAGCCAAUUUAGAUGGCCAGAAUCCUGUGAAAGCUGUCACUUAUAUUUGGCUACCAUUCUCCAACCACUUACAGCUACUGGCCCCAAUAACGCUUGAAUUAAAUCAGAGGAUGCUGAAUGAGUUUUUCGUCAUAUGACAUUCAAAUUAUGUUGAACAAUUAACCUGACAACAAGCCAAGUUUAGAUCCAUUUAUAUGUGAGCGAAACCAAAGAAUAUUGGAUUUUUAUGGUGCCGGUAUCAAAUUGGUGGAGGAAACUUAAGAAAACAGACCUAUGAGGCAGGCACUUAUCUAAGUAGGCCAUUAGAGGGCAGCAGAGCUCCAGAGAUUCACAGACCCAGGACCUGCAGAACUGUGCAGUGAGGUCAGUGUUCUCUGCUAGGGUUUCCUCAAAGUGCCCAUAGUAGGAAUUAUCAUUACAUGUUGAAUGUAAUUCAUCACAAGUCACUGAAGCCUUACAUCACAAUUUUUUUCCACAAAAAGAGAAUGAGUCUAGCAGCUUCUGAAGGUAUGUGACUACAACAGCACGAAGGCAUUGUAGUAACAAAAUGAAAAGCCCCACGAAUGUCUACAAGAAUAUGUUUAUAUUUCUCUUGAUUAGUUAUAUAGAAAUAUCAGCAUAGGUAUGCAUAAAAAUAAAAAAGACAAGUAUAUACAUAUAAAAUUGCAGUUCUGGGGCACUUGACAUGUUUCUAUAACUUUUAUGCUCAAUUAUUUGAAUAUAAUUUGGAAUUAUUUUAAAAGAAAAAAGCCCAUGAACAUCAUUCACUUUAUCUGUCUGUGUAAUGUUGAAAUGAAGCUCUUAUGCAGAAGAGUCAGGCCCAUUAUUAAAUAAGUGUCAUUCUUCUUUUUUGUUUUAUCUUCUCCUUUUCUUUCUUGUUUUCUUUUUUUACUUUCCCACAAAUCACCUUUCUUCUGGUUAUCCCACCUCCUUUAUUCUUUCUAAUCAUCUGUCUCUUUUUUUUAAGGUACAUAAAACCAAUAUUACACUUUAAGUGUUUUAAAACCCAAAUUAUAGAGUGUCUCUGAACUAGCAAUUUAUCAUACUUCCAUUCCUCCUAAUCAAAUGGUUUGGGGAAUAAUAGAAAGCAUAUGCAUAGUAAAAACUUAAAAAUGCAAAGCUAGGUGCUUCAGAUAAUGGUCCUCAUUUCCUUAAUGACCAUGCACAUAUUCAUAACACAGCAUAUUAUACAAAUCAAGUUAAAGUACAAUCUCAAAAGACCCUGGUGCUUUCAACGUUUGAAAAAUGAGUGUCCAUAAACGAUAUCAAAUCACAGUAUAACUUGAUAACUAUAACGUUUAUAUUUCACUUAUUAAAUAUAGAAAGUAAGACUGUUUGGUCUUAAAUAUAGGUGGUACUUUCACCCUUGAAUGAGAAAUAAAUUUAUUUAUUUAGUAAAAAUAAAUUUAUAUGAGAAUGGAAUUUUGUAUUUAAGGGAAUAGUUUUUUGCUUUUAUGAAAUUUUCUACUCCCUGGUUAGGACAUUUAUUUUUGCUGUGCAUUAAAAUUACCUAAGUUAGCUUCAAUAUAUAAUACCAGAUCUGUUUUCAUUAAACACGAUGGAUAUUAAUGUAGGUACUAUGAUUAUAAUAUGUUUUAUGUUUUUGCUGCAGUAAAAUAUUUAUUUUUAAGAAAAAGUUAGAUUACUAAUUCACUUCAUUGUGAUGACUAACUUGACUGAAGCAGACCCAGUUCUGGCAGAUAUUUGCUAUUAUUCAUUGCUAUUUUUAUUACUAAGUAUAGUAAUAAUAUUUAGAAAUAAUAAAAAUAUUGUAAUAUCUCUUAAACUAUAAGAGGAUUAGUGAGAAAUAAUUGGAAACAAACUAUUAGUUUAAUUCAAGAACAGUUUUAACAUCAUGUUAUACAUCAUAUGUGGUAUUAUUUAUGUAGAUGUUUUUAUAUUUUUAUUUAGAAUGCUAUAUUAUUUUGUGUAAUUGAAAAUACUUAAAAAUAAGGAUGAUGAACACUAUAAUUUUAAUAAAGUUUAGACGGAGGGAAUCGAAAGGAAAAUUUAAUGACUGAGCUUGAAGAUUUCUUUUUAAACCUGGCAGUAUUACUUUAAACCCUUGAUAUUUGAAAAGAAUACGUUUAGGAUUAUGAAAAUUUAUAAUGCAAUUAUAGAACAAAAGAACUUUAACCAUCGCAACACAUUAUUUUGAUUCACUUAGUGAAAAUUCAUUAUUUGUACAGUCCUGUCCUUUUGCAAUUAUGUUGCCUAGACCAAUAAAUGUUACACUUUUGUGAAAUGGCUAUGACAAAGGAAGCAUUAAUGAAAUGCUACACAAAAUUUGAGAAAUAUGACUAUAAUAAGUGAAGAUAAUGUGAGAGGAAGUGAUAAUCAACAGACACUCCAUCUUAAGUGAUUUGAGCUAGUUUCAUUUGAACUUAGACAUUUAUAACUUACACUUAGCUCAAAAUUUUCCACUGAAUAUUCAGGUGAACAGAACACAAAUAAGUAUCACUAAAAUCACCGUAUUCACUUCAAUAAUACUAUGUUCUGUUUAAUAUGCUAUAGGCCUUUUAAAAGUAAUAGGAGCAAUAACACAUGUGUAAUUGGGCCAUUGUGUGUGUGUGUGUAUAUAUAUAUAGUACUAUUAUAUAUGUAUAUACAUUGUAUAUACAUGUAUAUAGUUUAUAUAUGCUGAAUUUUACUUAUAUGUAAAUUACACAUUUUUAUUACAUGUAUAACAAUUUCUGUUUUAUGCAUUUAUUUUUCUUGCUUCUGUCUAGCCACCAUCCAAGAGAAGCUGGAUGAAAUUAUGAGUCUUCACUUUCGGAAUAUUCACAUGUAAAAAGUAACACUGUAAUUAAUAUUUCUGAAUUUAAAAGUUAUUUUAUCUUCCAAUUUGUUUCAUUUUGUUAUUUAAAUCAUAGGGGAUACAUUUCAGUGAGAUUGCGAUUUAUUUUAAGUCUUCAGCAUAUAGGAACUAAUUUCUUCAUAUAAGUAUGCAACAUAAGUCUAAUAAAAAGCAAGUACUUAUUUUUCCAUUUUUCUAUUUAUAGAAUAAAUUUUACAGGUAAAAACAAUUUUAGUAACUUCAUUAAUUAGACAAGACCUUUUAAAUUUAUCUAGGUCUGUAGGAAAAGUGAGAUCUUAAGGUGAAAUAUAAGAGAAGUAAGGUCCAGUUUAAGACAUCCAAUCUCCGGUUUUACUUUUAAAAUAUCAUCCUUAAAUUAAAAUGUUUGAUAGUAGUAGUAACAAUAAUAAACAAAUAUUACCAUCUUUAGUUUGCUUAUAGGGAAUCUGAAUUGAAGGGACAUAAUUUUUAUAUGGAGAAAUAAGUGUAUACCAGGGGUUAGUAGUUGUGAAGAGGCAACAUGCUAUGGCCAUCUUCUUUAAUUUUGGUAAUUUUUACUCCUGAUACUACAAAUUCUUGAGAAAAUGUAUUUUUUUAUUGCACUUACAUAGAUGAUUUUUUACAUUAAAAAAUUCUAAUAGAAAAUAAUUCUUGUGGUGGAUUUCAAAGACAUACAGCCCAAAGGUAUCAUAAUAAAUUUACAGUUCGACCCAAACCAACUCCUACAGUACCAUUAAACUUUAAAACCCAAUGAAUGUUAGUAAAAAGAAGCCUUUCUUCUUCACCACCCAGUAACAGAAAGGCUGAGCAUGCCUAAUUAAAUGUUUCUUGGCCGAGCACGGUGGCUCACGCCUGUAAUCUCAGGCCGAGGUGGGCGGAUCAUGAGGUCAGGAAAUUGAGACCAUCCUGGCUAACACGGUGAAACCCCGUCUCUACUAAAAAUACAAAAAAUUAGCCUGGCGUGGUGGUGGGAGCCUGUAGUCCCAGCUACUUGGGAGGCUGAGGCAGCAGAAUGCUGUGAACCCGGGAGGAGGAGCUUGCAGUGAGCCGAGAUUGCGCCACUGCACUCCAGCCUGGGCAACAGAGUCAGACUCUGUCUCAAAAGAAAAAAGUUUCUUUAGUAUAUUUAGUCUAUCUACUUACCAAUAAGAAGUACAAUGGAUUGAUGAGUUUGCAAUGUAUUAAACUGUAUCAAAAUCAAACAAAUUGUAUUAAGAAGAAUGUGCCAUUGACUUAGAUAAAAACAAACAUGAAUGCUUUAUUUUGAUUCAAUUAUAGUAAUUGGGAGAUUGUUCUCUUGAUAAUGAAAGGUAUUCUAUUACCUAUAUUACAGUGUGUUAUAUGUGAAGAAAGAGCUUUUGUGUUUCUGAUACAUUUUGCAAAGAACUUGUAGAUUUAGGGUCUUUUUGAAUGAUGAAACACUACAUAAUCAUUUUUGGUAGCUUUGAAACAAGAGCAUAACUUCCCUAAACCUGGGCAUGUCAAAGUUAGCUCUGAAAAAAAAAGAUGUUGAAAGAAAGAUAUCACCUGAUUGUGCGGAGAGAUGGAAAGAAGUUCUGUUCUUCCUGCAGAACUCAUUGCUUUCACUAUUCCUGACAUCCAUGCUUCUACUUCUGUUUCUGACUCAGUGCCAAGAUAUUCUUAUGACUAAGGGCAUAUGCAUUGAGCUUAAAUCAGGUGUCAAAGCAAGAUCAGAGAUUGAUGACAAUUCUUACACCCAGUAACAUAAUGCCCGAUUUACUUAUUUUUGUACCUAGGCUGAGAAGAUAAUUCAACAUAUGUCCCCUGAUUGUGAUAUCAUUCAUAAGUCUGAUGAAAAAAGUCAGAACCUAUAGUAAAACUAUAACUACAUCUGGAAAUUGACAGAAUCAGUUAAGUGUUUUAAAAAUAUGAAAAUCAUCUUGAAAACCUUAAAACCUUGCCUUUCCUCUUCUGAAAUGCUCUUUAUCUUUGCCGUGACAUCCAAAAUAUUGGGUUCAUUAAAGCUACUAGAAUCCACAUAUUGUUCCUACUUUUAUCUACAGUGUAAACUUUUGACUAUUCAGAUGUUAUGUGGCCACACAGAAUUCUAAGGGUUUUUUUUUUUCCUUCAGAAUUCUGGCAAAACAAUUUAUCUCAAGAUACUUUUCUUUUCGGUAUGUGGUAACAAACUUUACAGUAAAAACAAGCCCAUCAAAGAUGUAAAGUAUUAACAGAUCCUGUAAUUUUUUUAAUAGAAAACCUUAAGGUUUAUCUAAAUUCAAUCUUUUAUGUGUAUUAAAGUGAGUUGGAUUUUUUUUCCCCUACAUGUUCUCUGCUUAACCAAAUUUGAAUUCAAAAUUGAAAUCUGUUCCUCUGUUUCCUAACUGACCCUUCAUUUGUUGUUUUACUUUUUUAGCUGGCAAUUUUAAAAGUAGGUAGAGAAAAAUGUUAACUCCAGGUAUAAGUAUGAAAUCUGUCUGUGGAAUAACCAGGCCCAUCAAUCUUUCACUUUUUCUUUAGGAAAUCUCCAACAAAAAGGACAAUGGAAAGAUGGGGGUAAAAUGAAAAUGUCCUCUUUCUGAAGACCUUUUGAUAAAGGCUUAAUGGAGAAAGUUUGAACUAGAUUUUUGUAUUAACUUUUAAGUGUCCUAUCUUCGGAAGAGUUUAAAUCCCACAGUUGGUUUACUAAGCCACUUCAAUUAGCAUUUGUUAACAAAUUCACUGAAAAUCAAACCUUAAUGAUAACUAAAUUAUAAUUAAAAGUAAAUAUUAAUGCAAAAAAUCACUAGGAUGAACUGAGGUAAUGAUAUUAAAACAUUUAGAUUAGGUCAUGGUACAUAUGUGUAAAAUAAAUGAGGAGGUCUUUUUUCCUCUUUUAAAUAGUAAUAGCUUCUUGUGUACAAACAAGAACUCCUCAUUGCCUGCUAGUUAAAUUUUUGGGCCAUUUUAACAUAACUGUCCUUAGCCCAUUAUGAGAAUGUAUUUAAGAAACACAACCAAUUAUUAAUAUUUUUAAGAAAACUUAAUUAUGUAUUAAAGUUAUUAUAAUUUAUUAUGUAACGUUUCAGAGCAAUGACUAUUUCAGAGCCAAAUAUACAUAGUUUAAAGUAUUUUUGCUAACUAUAAUAUUGCUCCCCCCUUUUAUUUUUAUGAUUUGGAUUUUAACAGUAUAAAUGAUAAUGACAUUGCAUUUUAAUUUAGAUCUUAUACUCUUCUCUCUUUAUAAAUGUGGAUUAACAUAAGUGAACAUUGCUCAAAUGAAUUCUGGAUAUAUUAUAUAUAUACAUGUACACACACACACACAUAAUGCAUAUAUAUGUGGACACCAUCUACUAACAUCUUUAUGAAACAAAUGACAGUUUACGUACCGCAUUAUUGCACAGAUGUAGUUUUUAAUAAAGGCUUAAAUUUAAGGUUCAAAAUAGGGUAAGAUGUGGUGUGGAAUGUUGAACAGUAUAUAAAACUGUAGUUGGUAAUAUUUUAUUUGUUAAAUGAAUCAGGCUUGAGUUUGACGCUUACUCACUUCUCAUGCUAAUUUAAACAUGGCUACCCAGUUAUGAGAUACACCUUUUACUACUCCUAUCCCAUUUCAAAAAUAUAUAUGAGCAUUUCCAUAAAUCAUUGUGUCCUAACUCAAAGCAGGUAGCAUGGAGAUAUUGGUUCUGUGGAACUUUUCUUCAAACUGCAAUCUGCCUUUCCUAACUGCAACAUGCACAGAUCUGCCCUUAUAUCCACUGCAAGGGACAUCACAGAAAAAUGGAAAGAAAUGUAGCAAACAGAACAUGAAGAGAGAGAGAAGAUAAUGUGUAAUCAGCUGGGGAAAGACUUCUGAGGUAAUUCUCAUAUGCCUGCUCAUCAGCCACCAUUUUGAGAACUAUUACUCUCAGCAAAUAUCUUACCAAGCAAAUACUUUAUCUUUCAGAAUAUGCAGUUUGUUUAUUCCCGUGUUUGUACAAAUUACUGUGGUUAUUCUUUUAUCUCCUGAAAAUACACAUCUUUCAUGGGUAUCAAAAUUCAGUUUCAAAUUCCCUUCAUGCAGUAGGCCUCUAUUGAUACAGUAAACUAAAUUUUGACUAUUCUCUCAAAUACUCCUGCACACAAUUUACUUUAUGCUGAUUUGAGUAUGUUGGAAUAUUUUACCCUAAGUGUCCUUUAGUCAUUUUGCCUAUUGGUGCCAAGAAUUCUGGCUUUUCAAUUAUAUUGUAAGCACUUGAGAGCACAGAUUGUUUUCAAUCUUUUGUAGCCCAGUGUCUAGGACCAUAUUUUGCACAGAUAAGGGCAAUACAUUCUGAUCAAACUUCUGAGUUUUGUGAAUCUUUUCCUGUUUCUAGAAUAGCCACAUUACUACCUUUCUUCCCAUUAUUUCCAACACAGAGCCUGGGUAACAAUAAACACUAAAUAAGUAUUUGUUGAAUAAAUGAAUGGACAGAGUUUUAAA